CAUGCGUACAACAAAAAGGGAACAAAAACAAAGCGUGGGUGAAUCUCGGCCCGAAACAUCAGGCUGGUCUACGAUCAUUUCCUGUUUUUCCCGCCAAAGGUUUUUACUUUGAAAGUUUGAACGGAAGUUGAGCCUCGAUCUUUUCUACCGCCAUUGACACUUGCUGAAAUGGGAAGCUAACCGUGGACGAGAAGUUUCCUGCUUACAGUUUUUAAAGUCACUGCAUGGAAAUGUGUUGAGCAACAAGAAACACAGAGAAAUAGAACCGUGGGUGGGGGAUUGUUUUCGACGCAACAGCGGGGCUGCAGCAGGUGGAGGCGGCCGCCGCCGACACGGAGAUGGCCAACUUGAACUGGAAGCCGUUCAUCUACGGAGGGAUGGCCUCGAUUGUCGCAGAAUUCGGGACAUUUCCCAUCGACCUGACUAAGACCCGGUUACAGGUCCAGGGCCAGUCCCAGUACACAGAGGUGCGCUACAGGGGCAUGUUCCACGCUCUCUUCAGGAUCGGGAAGGAGGAGGGUGUCCGGGCGCUCUACUCUGGGAUUUCCCCGGCCCUUCUGAGACAAGCCUCAUACGGCACGAUCAAAAUAGGGACAUACAACUCUCUGAAGAGGCUGUUCGUCACUCGCCCAGAAGAUGAGACGAUGAUCAUCAACGUCUUCUGCGGUGUCGUGUCCGGAGUGAUGUCCUCCAUGCUGGCCAACCCCACCGACGUCCUCAAGAUCAGAAUGCAAGCGCAGGGAAGCCUGUUACAAGGCAGCAUGAUGUCCAACUUCAUCAACAUCUACCAGAACGAGGGCACCAGAGGGCUGUGGAGAGGUGUCAUCCCCACUGCACAGCGGGCAGCCAUUGUGGUCGGAGUAGAACUUCCUGUCUAUGAUAUCACAAAGAAGCAUCUCCUUCGCUCUGGCAUCAUGGGAGACACCAUUUUGACACAUUUCAUUUCCAGCUUUACCUGCGGGCUGGCCGGGGCUCUUGCGUCCAACCCCGUAGAUGUGGUCCGGACUCGUAUGAUGAACCAGCGGGUUUUGUCUGGAAGCCCCAUGUACAAAGGAACACUGGAUGGAUUGAUGCAGACGUGGAAGAAAGAGGGCUUCUUUGCUCUAUAUAAGGGAUUUUGGCCAAACUGGCUCCGACUGGGGCCGUGGAAUAUCAUCUUCUUCAUCACCUUUGAGCAGCUGAAGAAGCUCCCGUUUUAACACGGGCCGGACCGUGGGACUGCGCUGGUCUGCUGGACUGAAUCGGAGAUAAGUGGAGUUUGAACGCGGCAGCAGCCAGAGUUUAUGUGCACCAGCAACCUCCCGCCCUCUGUAAAAUAGGAAGGAAGCUCACAGUCUGCCUGCACUCACAUAAACCUUUGUUUUUACCCUCACCGUUUCAGUUUUCACACCAUUUUAAUGCCACUCCGUCACCUUGGACACUCCUUUAGGCAGCUAAGGGUUUGGAGAGCUGAUGAAGAAUAAUGACACAAUCAGAUAGGUUACUGGAGUCUUGUGUAGCUAAAAGAUAUUAAUACGCAAACAGAUUAUGAUCCACAUCAUGUGCUCAGGAUUCCUGCAGGUUUAUGGGUAUUUAUCUAUUGAACUGAAUGUUUCUUUAUUUAUCAUACCAGGAUGUAUGAUCUGACACGCACAAGGUUGACCAGGCAUAAAGGAAAAGAACAUUUCGAGCCAAGGUUCUUUAUUUAAUACAGGAAAAAAAAUCUGAUUUAUGAAUCAAAUGAUAGGCUGACUGUUACAGGAAUGCAGGAAAAUCAUAUUUCCUGACUGAAAGGAAGUAAUGACAAACAUGAAAAGAGCUCAGAUUUUAUGUCAAAACUGCUACAGGUCAGGUAGCUGAGUGAAGAUAAUAAAUAAAUAAAGGAUCCAUAUAUAAGAAGAUAUUUAUUCCUGAAGCCAUUUAAGGGAUCUUUUGGAAAAUAAACUAUUCUGCUGUUAAAAUCCCAAUACUCUGAACCAAAAACGCUGAAGAGAAAAAAGAGAAAAGACAGUCUGCUAUUUUGUUUUAUUUAUUUGUUCUUUAUUCAAAGAGCUGUUACGUUUUUUAUUUCUUUUUCUUUUUCUCUUAUUUUGCCUUAGAAUCUCAUCUUUGGUUACCUUUUAUUCACCUCCGCUCCAAGGCAGCAACAGGAAGCUGCUAGCAUGUCUGUCCUGCUACAGUAAAUAAUGUAAAUGCCUGUACAGCCCCGUUCCAGAUGGACGUUCUUCCUGUAAAUCAGCUGCACAGUCCAAGCGUUGCUUCCUGUCACGUUCAGCUUGGGGACAAGCUGCGAUUCUCCGAGAGGUUACACGAGGUCCGAGUAACGUCCGGGAAACUUUGCAUGUGCCAAGCAGACCGAAUUUCAUUUAGAACUAACCUCUUUGAAACUGAAUGUAAAGGUCCAAAGACUUUACAGCUAAAUAUGCGUAGUCGGCAUUGCCAAACCUGUUUUAAACAUCACAUGUUAUUUGAUGUUUGUUUUAAAAGCUUAAAAUUUGUAUUUUCCUUUUAAUAUAAGAUUUAUUUAUUCUGGAUGUUUGCUAGGUUUUAUUUUUAGAAAUCAACUUGAGUCUGUGGAACUUCCUUUACACUGUUUCCACUAUUUGAAGUACUUUUAAUGUACUUUUGAGUUUUUUUCACAAGUACGCAGAGUAUGCACAUACCCAGUGUUCCUCUUCUGUCAGCCGCUGCUGUGCACUGCCAGUCAGCUUGCUGAAAGAAGGCGACCGCACGUGUCCCUUGUUUACAGCAAACCUCAAAGUUGGCUGUUUAGAGCAGUUUUCGGUUGUGAAAUAUAAGGACUUUCCUGGUGUGAAACCUGAAAGGAGCUCCAAACAUCCCUCCUAUGAUAUAAAAGCUGUUUUAAAACUUCAGCUUCACACGUAUAAUCUAACCCGCUGACUACAGACUUCGCCUGUGCAGAUAGCCCAGCUAAGAGCUCGUCAUCCUUGUGUUACUGUUAUAGAGGGCAUGAUGUGUUAUUUUAGCAUAAGUAUGAAGCAAUGUUUCUGUUAUUCUGUUUUAAAUUAGAUCAGAUAAUUUAAAAUGUUUAUUCUACAUUUUAGCGUAAUUACUAACUAAUCCACACGGCAAGGAAACAAAUUGAUUUGUUGUUUGUAUAAAUUAAACUGGGGGAAAAAAUCGCCUAAAUUCGCAAUAUUAAGAAAAAAAAAUCGUAAUUAGAUUAUUUUCCAAAGUCGUUCAGCCCUAGUAUCCGGAUACAGCGUUUGGGUCUCGAUACUUUUUAGGGUAUCGCUAAUUGUGACAACCCUGCAUCCAAAUUAUGACUUCACCAUCAGAAGCUGCAGCAGCUUCCUUGGGGAUCAGCAGGCACUCCAGAUUCAUUCACUAAAUUAGAGCGCAGGGAUUUGUGUAAAAAUUAAAAAUUACUUUCUGGUUCCAGGGUAGUUUUCCUCAACUUUAUCCAAAAAAAAAUUUACAUUUAAUUUUUUACAUUUUAUAAACUUAAACCCAUCUAGCGAAGGGACACUCAUGGUUAAUUCAUUCAAUCAGGGAUCGACUUUCCUGAACUGGGAUCAAAGCAAAACUAUAUGAAAUUACGAUGUAACUCCAAAUAUUCUGAGUUUUAUUGAUGAUUAAAUUAAGCUAAAGGUUAGGUUUGAGACGUUCUUCAUAAUUAAAAGUACUGUGCUGCAAAAAAUAUUGUUUUAAAUACACUGGUUUGAAAUGGAAGUAGAAAUGGACAAAAUGUCAGCGUGUAAGACCAAAUUCAUGAAAAAGUGACUGAAUAUCCUCCAAGAAUAGUGAUUUCGAGGCUUUUUUUGACAGGAGCUGUAGACUUCUUGGUUUCACAGUAAAACCAACGUUGUCCUCCAGUUUAAAUAUUUUGAACAAAUUAAGAAAGCCUCCAAUUCAGCCUAAUAGUUGUAAUUCUAAUAAAGACUUGGGUUCAUUUGGAGCAUCUGGUGGAGUUUGUUGAGUCACAUUUUAGAAAAUCAGUUUUUCGUCUUUGCAUUACAACAUGUUUGAGUUACGGGUCACAUUUGGAGAAAUUCUGCUGUGAGGUUAAAACUAAAGUUUUAAAUGCGCUUUUUUCAGGUUCUUUUAAAAGUUCUCCUUUUUCUGUCGACACAUUUUAGCCCAUUUUAAAACAGCUACUGCGGUUUUAAGUCCUGGCGGAGCCUUUCAGACUAUCUGUACGCCGUCUACACUGGAACACUGAACUGUGACGACAUGUUUUCAUUUUAUAAAUUGUGCUGGGGAGUUCUGGGGCGUUUCUAUUCUAAUAUGUGCUGCUGUGACAACGCAGGGAUGGAGCAGGAGCAUUGUGAUUGGCUGUUUGGGUUCAAAGAAGGCUCAAAAUGAGGAAAAGUUAAAAGAAGUCCCUGCUUUAUCUGUUGGUGCACAGAAUAAUCACUGCUUCAGGAGUAUUUAAUGUAUGUUUUUAAUCACUGAGAUGAUAUGGGACAUUUUUUUUUAAAUCUCCAAAACAGUUACAGCAUCUCCAACAUUUCGUGUGAUUUACACAAAGAUGCACUUUAUGGUCUCUUUGGUUCCCAUGACCAACGCAGGUCAGAUGUUAGAAAGGUUACCAUCAUAAAGUAUCAGAAGCGACAGACUGUAGAAAAAUAAGCUCCACCUCUUCCCCCUCCUUGCUGGUUUUCUUAGUUUCUGAUUGGUGCUCAGGCCAAAGAUUUAUGUCCACAUUUCACGUGUCAGCCACUUGUGCAAAUCUGUAUAUCUGUUUUAAAAAAGCAUUAACAGUAUCAGUCAUUAUGUGUUUGUUGCAUGAAAUAGGUAAACGAUUUAUCGUGAUUUAAAGAAAACGUUCACAGUUUCUCAGUCUCCCAUGAAACAGUCUGUUCCACAGCAUGCAGCGACUCGCUUCUUUGCACAAUGUUGUGACUGCAAAGGAAAAAUGUUUCCAUGCCUGACUGGAAAGGAGUUGCAUCUCUGUCGUAAUAAUCUUUAUGAAAAAGUUGUAAAGAAAAAUCAUCUCUGAUAUUUUAGUUUGUGUCACAUUUAAUGUUAUUUGAAGAGACUAUUCCUUAAAAAUGCAGCAGGGGGGAUUCACUCCCAGUUCACUGUUGAAUAAACCAAGUGGUCAAAAUGUUCCUGUUUUUUUUUUUUUUUUUUUUUUUGUUUUUUUCUUCUAAAAUCACGAACGGGGGAAUAAUUUGAGUAUAUUUUUAUCUGAAAGCAUCCAGUUUGGUUAUUUUUUUUAUUUAUUCAUUUUUUACUGGACUGAAUACAGCCACAUUUCAAUAAAAAUGUCUCCUACUGUCACUAAGACGAGGGUGUACCGUGGUCUUCCUCGUGAUUGUGUUGGUCAGGUCAUUAUUUCUUAGUCUCAUGUAAUCACAUUUUCCAAGUACUGAAUUUGAACUAUAUUCAUCAAACAAAUGCCCAAAAAGAUACCACUGAUUGUGUAGUGAUUUGUUUAGAUAGUGAGUGUCACUGUUUGAGUUAAGUUUCAGGAAUAAAUCAACUGUUUGAUUACUUUGUGAUUUAAUGAGCUCCACUUGUUUAUGCCAUAUAGCAAGUGUUUAGAGGUCUAGUCUGUGGCAUGUUUUGUUUUUUUUUUUUUUUUUUUUUUGCUCAAGAGUUCAGCAAACGGUCCAAAUUUGCCUGGUAUCAUCAAAAGUUGGACAUUAUGGCGUCUGAACUUGCGGCAUAAAAACAGCUCGCAUACAGAUGGUGUGUUCAAUGUGCGUCGUACGUCUUUGGUUGCCUGCUGCACUCACAGGGAGGUGACAACUUUUGUUAGGUGGUAGGUUUAAGUCCUAGUGGAUGGGCCUCAUCACGCAUCCCGGCGCUCUUUUAUCCCAACAUGUCUUCAUUGUUAACCUGGACAGUUUCUCUCUAAAUAUCUGGCAACCCUGAUGAUGUGUCAAAGGUGGCUGCAUUUAAAAACUGGACCACUUCAGGCUCCCAAGUUUUCUAUUUCUGAACUUCUACUUGAUGAAAGAUUUAGCUGUUGCAAUGUCAUGGGAAAAAUUAAGAAGUAUGUUAUUUGGGGGCAAAUUUAAGCGUUUGGUAAUUUGAAAUCCUCUUUGAAUGUUUGUUUUUAAUAUGCACUGGGAUAUUUUCUCUCUGUAAAUACCUGAGAUCUGCUUUCUGAAGCCUUACAAAAGGCUAUUGUGUGGGCACAGGUACGCCAUAAAACAAACAUGCUUUGUUCUUAUUAAUAAUAAACUGGUUAUGUAUCUGUGAAA